GUGAAAUUUUUUGAACUUUUGAGCUUGCAGCUAUUUUCGAGCCUCCCACACACGACAGACAGAGAAUAUUUUCAAAAUGGCUGACAUUUUCUAUGUACGGGAAAAUGUUUCUGGGCCUGUGGGAAAACAAUAGAAAAUGGCCUGGCAACGUUUUAAUAGCAUUUCACGCACGACUGAGAUUCGCAUGCCAACCCAGGGAGUCCGUGGGUCCACCUAUGUGCAUGGGAGAUGGGAGAAAUCAAAGCCCCGGCCUCUGAUUGGUCCAACCCGGCCAGGUGGCUCUAAAGCCCUAACUCCGGCCCCCAAGUCGCCUUGCUACUGUUGCCAUCCACCCUCGACCAAUGUGACCGAGGAGGACAUUCCGGCACAGCCCGUCCGGAUUCUCGGGCCUGCGCACGGCGCCGUUCUGCCUUCAAAGAGCUUUUCACCACAGUGCGAGUGCGAGUGGGAUCGAUGCCUCGAUUAUGCUAUGGAGGAGCAUAAUCCGGCGGCAGGACAUCCAUCUGGGCAGACAAGAAAGGCGAAUGCCAGCCCUGUUAGUUUCACUUCGUGCGUUGUCUUGCUGAGGCCAAAUCGCGAGCCUGGAGCUGCGGGUAUAAAUUCUGCGUAUCGCGUAGUGUUUAAUCAAUCUAUAUAAUCUGUUAUCUGUGUACCUUAUUUGUGAUAUCCUAACCAACAACAACAAAAUAGUUCAUAACAAAUAACGAAUUUUGUUGCUUAACGAAACAUAAUUUAAGCACAAAACCGAUAACUAACGUAAACUCUGCUUAGUUUCAACUGAAACGACGAUUACAUAACCGCGCACAACUGCAAAAUGGAUUACGUAACUGUAGUGUGGCAUGCACUGUAACUGGAAAUGCAACAAAUUUCCUGGUCGAAAAGCGAAGUUAUAUGGCGGCCAAGUGAAAAGCCCCUGCUGAGCGACCGAGCGAGCGAGCCAACCCGAAAAUAGAGUCAUCAAAUUUGUGCUGGCUUCACGGAAAUUAACCGCCGCCGCCGAUUCGCCACGGUUAUAUACACGGCAAUCCGCCGUGAAGUAGGCAAAACAACACAUUUAUGCGCACAAGUGAUAACAGCGGAACAGGCAGCGAAGCACAACACAGACGCUGACUCAGGCGGAGGACUCAGCGAUCCGGAGACAGGCGCAGGGAGGAGUCAGCAGUAAGGAGUCAGGAGUGAGGGAAAUCGGGGACAACGCAGCAUCACCAUGAAGGGCUUGACGGCGUUUAAGGAGAAGGCGACGGGCGUGUUUGGCGGCCUGAAGCCCAAUAUGGAGAAGUUCGAGAUAUCGCAGAGCUAUCACGGCGGUCACGGCGGCUACGAGGAGAUGGAGGGCGGCGACCGUGAAGGACGAGGUCCUGGCGGCGGCCAUGCCUACGACGACGACGACGACCGGCCGGACUCGCCCGCCUCCUUCGAGGAGAUCGAACGCCCACCAUUGCGCAAGAUCGACAAGUACUGCAAGGCGGAGUGUCCCUGCAUGCCGGCCCGCUAUACCAUCGCCACCAUGGCCUGCGUGGGCUUUAUGAUCGCCUUCGGCAUGCGUUGCAACAUGUCCGCCGCCAAGCUCAAGGGCGAGCAUAAUGGGACGGUAUUCAUGAACUGGACUGUUGCCGUGGAGAGCCAUGUGGACUCGUCCUUCUUCUGGGGCUACCUGGUGACGCAGAUUCCCGGCGGCUUCAUCGCCUCCAAGUUUCCGGCCAACAAGAUCUUCGGCCUGUCCAUCGUCAGCUCCGCCACGCUGCAUCUCUUCGUUCCCUUCGCCAUGACACUGAUGCACGGACAUGUGGUGAUUUGCGUGCGCGUCCUGCAAGGACUCUUCGAGGGCGUCACAUAUCCCGCCUGUCACGGUAUCUGGCGCUUCUGGGCGCCGCCAAUGGAGCGCUCUCGCCUGGCCACCUUGGCCUUUUCCGGUUCCUAUGCCGGCGUGGUGGUGGGCCUUCCACUCUCCGGCCUCCUAGCGGAUGCAGUGGGCUACCAGGCGCCCUUCUACGCGUACGGCGUGUUCGGCAUUAUAUGGUACAUGUUCUGGAUAUGGCUCUGCUUCGAGAAUCCCCGCAAGCAUCCGGCAAUCAGUAUACCCGAGCUGAAGUACAUCGAAAAGUCGCUGGGAGAGUCGGCCCACCCAUCGAUGCCGUCGCUAUCUACAACUCCUUGGCGGGAGAUGAUGCGUUCGAUGCCAGUCUAUGCCAUUAUCGUGGCCAACUUCUGCCGCUCCUGGAACUUUUACCUCCUGGUGCUGUUCCAGUCCUCGUUCCUCAAGCACAAGUUCGGCUUCAAGGUGGAGGAGGCGGGCUUCGUGGGCUCGCUGCCACAUCUGAUCAUGACUACGAUAGUUCCCUUCGGCGGCAUGCUGGCGGAUCACCUGCGAAAGAACGGUAUCCUGUCCACCACGAAUGUGAGAAAGCUUUUCAACUGUGGCGGCUUUGGAAUGGAGGGUCUGUUUUUCCUAUUCGUGGCCCAUUCCUCAACGGCGACGGGCGCCAUGUUCGCCUUGACUUGCGGAGUGGCCUUCAGCGGUUUUGCCAUUUCUGGCUAUAAUGUCAAUCAUCUGGACAUUGCUCCUCGCUAUGCUAGUAUUUUGAUGGGUCUCUCGAACGGCAUUGGCACGCUGGCUGGUAUCAUAGUGCCCUACGCCCUCGAUGGUCUAAUCCAGGCCAAUCCCACUGGCUGCUGGACCACAGUGUUCACUCUGGCCGCCUGUGUUCAUCUAAUUGGCUGCACUUUCUACGGUAUCUUCGCCUCUGGGGAACUUCAGCCUUGGGCAGAGCCGCCGGCCGAGGAGCAGCAAGUGUGGGCGCCACCGGCUGGAGCUAUAACCAACACGGAUCCCAGUCAAGCGGGCAUGUUGGGCAACUACAUGAAGGAGACAUCAUUUGGCGCCCCCGAGUACAAUGAACAAAGCCAGAUGCAGCAGUCGAGUGCCAUUAGCUACGGCGCCACCGGUCAUGUGGCCAAUAACCCGUUUGCCAUGGCCGGAGCCACUGCACCUAUCACCGAGGAGGAUGCUCCGCCAUCGUAUGGCGAUGUGUCUAACACGUACGGGUAUACGCAGGAUGCUGGCUCUGGUGGACAAAUGCCGUCCUACGAUCCGCAGGGAUACCAGCAGCAGCAGUAAGGGCCUCACUCCGGUCAUCCAUAUAAAUAUCAUAGCUUUUAGUUAUGGCUGGAAGUCGUUACAGGUUUAUUGUUUAUUCUUGGUGUGUCGUUAAAGUUUUCCCAAAUCACUCUCUCCUAUUGAGUUUGAUCCAGCAGCGAGACAUAAAUAUAAAGACAUAUAACUAAUGAGUAGAACUGGACAGAGAUUGGUGGACCUGGGGCCUUGGUCUGAAAAUGUGUUGGAUACAAUUGAAAAGCUCUUUGCCGUUGAUAAAUAUAUGUUUAAUAUUUAAAAUUAUAUUAAAACUUAACAGAAAUAAGGCCUCAUGUCCGACAAUCUCUCAGUCAGGGAUGAUCAGUCGUGGACCUUUAUAGUUCUCCGAUCUAUACGGAUCAAGAGAGGUAGUGGCCUGGGCAUCCCUGAAAAUAACCAACUACAUAUACAACUAAAGAGUAAUGAGUUUUCAGCGAAUAAAGAAUGAGUUCCACAUGCCACACUAACACAAUGAAACUAUGUACCUAACAGAGAAACUACAUGUGCAGAGACAGCAAUACCGUUAGCCAAAACCAUUACCACAACCACUAUGCCCCCACAGACGUAGCAUAGUUUAGGGCAUCGCUUCCGCGAAUUUCUAUUUACAAGCUCCACAAAAAAGAAACCAAAAUGCAUAGCAAUGGGUAAACACAAGAAAGGGAAAUUACUGGAAUAUAUAUUCGACAUAUUCAACACAUGUGUAUAUCAUAAACCACACAUAAUCCAGACACGCACCACGUCUCAAAGAAAAUAAUACUUAUAUUUAACUCAAUAUAUACGUAUAAAGGGUGUAUGCAGAAUUAUAUAGAUAUAUAUAUAUAUAUAGCCAAAGAUUGUUGUUAACUCUGCAGUUAGCCAGUGCAAGCUGCAAGUUUUAUUACCGUUGACGAUAUUAUCUUCUGUGUAAAGAAUUAUUGCAUAUAAGCACCAGGAACAUUUUAAUCAAACGUAAGCAAUUGUUGAUGUUCGCCACGAAUGAUAACCAUAAAAAAACUAGCUAAUCGAAUAUACAUAAUACCCCAUUCCCGUUGAAUAUAUAUGUACGACACGUUUAAGUUUUGUUUGUCUCACCGAACUUCUCGACAUGAGCAAGGCAUGAUGUAGGUACUAAAAUCAUAACACUUAAGUAGAUAGUGGUAGGCGCAUAUAACCUCAGACUUGGUCUUCAUAUGCUCACUACAUAAUAAGCAGGACAUAAUUCUUAUAAAUUAUAUAAAGUGGUUUCAGUUUUUUCUUGGAUUUAGAGCCAGAACACUGUAUUUAUCUUCUACUGAAUUUCAAAAGUUUUCUUAAAUGCAAUACAUUUAGUCCUUUCCUAUAACUUCUACUGGCUUUGAAAACUAUUUCAUAUAAUAUUAAAAUUUAAACUUAAAUUUAAGUUUUAUUUCGAUGAAAAUCUAUUUCUUUACAAAUUUUGAAACCUUUAAAACUUUUCUUAAUUAAUUUUCUUCCUGAAACAAAAUCUUUAUAAAUUAUAUUACAUUAAUACUCUUUAAAUCUCUCUAAAUGAUUAAAUUUAUAAAACGUACUCGGUAGAUUGUAAAUAAAUUCAGAAAACAUUAUUUUACAUUAUAAACUAUGACUAUACCUAUAUGAUUUCAUUCGUUUUCUAUGUAUGUUUUUUAAUGUUGCACAAAACCUUGAUUUAAGCGCACAAAUGUAACUUUUAAAUGCACAAUUAGCACUUAUUUCUUUAUGUUGAUUAUUGCACAAUUAUAUUUUUUAUUAUAACUUAUUUUUUAGUACUAUUACAAAAUUCAAUUACUGCCACAAAACACGCAUAAAAUUAGACGCACUUACUUUCAUUACUUCUAAUCGUGUGUAUAUUAUCGCAAGGCAUUAAACUAUAUUAACGUGUAUUAUUAUAGAUAACUAUUUAAUGGUAACACAAAUUAUUCACAAGUAAAUCACUAUGUAUUAAAAGUGUGAAAAUUUUCUAACUAAAAGAGUCAAUUCUUAUACCGUAAUUUGUACAGCGCAGCGAAUAAAUACUUACGCAAAUACUCGACUAGCUACUUUAAAUAAUUAAAUCGAAUAGCAAAUAAUUAUUACAAUUUUAAAUGUUAUCUUUGCGGGAAUGCAUUUCCCCAGCAGAUUUAACAAUUAACACUGCUUGUGAAAGCGACAAUACUUAGACGAAUAAGCUUCUAAAAAGUUAAUUAGUUACAUUUUAAUUUUAUUGUUUUCAUUUUAGGCGAAAGUUUUGAGCGAAUAAUGCCUUUUGCGGAAUAUUCAACAAAAUGUUGGCCACUGGGGCGUAUGUGUAAUAUUAGAAUAGUGAAGAAAUCCAUUCUGUACAUAAAAUCAUAGAUACUGUUAAACCAUAUUCAAACGAGUAUGGUCUCAUUUUAACUCGAGAUUCUUACAGGAGAGACGAACACCUAAGAGACUCUCACCUGCCACGAACUCACCUUAAUUAAUUUUUUGUUUUUUUUUUUGUUCUUUGAGAGAUACUCAAGCUCUCGGGGCUGUGUGGACAAUAACGACAUAGGUAUAUGUUACCCAAAAAGCCACGGCUAAGUCUUUUGCUUGCAACUUACGCGACGCACUGUAAAUAAGUAUUUUUAUGUAUCUAGUAGUUGAAUGCCAUCAUUAAAUGCUUUUGUGAGUAAUUUAAGUGUACAUAAUGCCAAAUUAAACCAACUGCAUAGCUAAAAACUACACAAGCGCACCCAUAAUAAUGUUAAACCAUGGAAUGGGGUUAUAUCUAGGGUAUUUUAACGACUAGCCAAACAUUAAUGUUAUGAGUAAAACCAAAAAACCCAUAAAUUCGCUAGGCAACCAGGCACUUUCAUCCGGAAAUAUAGGCGCACAAGGUCAUAAUGCCGUAAACAGUAUAAAUCGCUAUUAAUAUAACUCAGAUAAAUACUCAAUCCAUAAGCUAAAACCAUUCUUCGGCGAGCCGCAGAGAGGGAACUGUAUCCAAUGGUUAAGUAAAUUUAAAAAUAAAAAUGUAGUGAUUGUAACCAACAAUCGAGUACUUGAACUGUGUAUAUAUCUAGUGACAAAAUAUUCUUUGUGUUUACUGAGAGUUCUGUAUACAAAAAGUAUUAAACAUUAAAUCAAAAUUAAAUUAAAUUAACUAACAUAACGAAGCGACGAGAUCCCUUUUCUGGCAACACCCGCCCAUGUUGUAUUAUUUGUAUGGUAGUUAAACCAAAUUAAUUAAUAUAUACUUGUCUAUUUCAGUGUAUGCUCAUUAAAAACCAAACAAAAAUAACAAUAAAUAUUUCUAAAAGUUAAGAAAAACCACUAAGCUCGGGAUUCAGUAAUAAACUAUUCAUUUUAACAUACAGCUUGAUAAUAUAUAUAAUUGGCCACACAUGUAAUUUCCAUUUGGUUAACCGAAAUAUGGAACUGAAACCCAUUCACGAGGUCUGAAAUAUACGAAAUACCAUGUUUACAGAUCAUAAUUAAACAGAACAAAAUUAUACCUAAAGAAAUGUAUUUGGAAUUCAAUAAAACGAACAUGUUAAAAAUUA